AUGGCCAAAGCAGUUGAAGAGGACCUCGAGGAUUAUCCGGAAAUGUUUGAGAAGUUGAAAAGUGAUGCGGAGACACCGUUGUAUGCUGGCGAGGGAUCGGAUGUUACUAUAUCCCGCCAAAGACUCUGGGCAUUGGCACGAACAAAUAAAGAUGGAGUGAUUGACAACCCUCGUGUGAAAGAGGUUGCUGAAAAAAUUGAUUCCCUCUCUCAAGAAGUAUCACAGGGCAAGCUUCCUGAGCAUGAGGAUAUCUUAGCUAGAGCGUUGGGGACCCCUGACCACCCUGGUCGUGUUAGGGGUGUUGGCUUCGGUGUCACAAAGAAGCAAUACUUUGGCAAGAUUAAGAAGCGAACAUCGGCUUCUUCAUCCGAGGUCCAAGAGUUGAGAGAAGAGCAAGCUGUUAUGAAGCAACAGCUAGAAGCCCAAGCGAAGUUAAUUGACAUGCUAUUGAAGGGCCAGAUCCCUGGGAGGCUUUUGGGUGACGUUAGCCCCAGCGGAAAAGAUAGCUGCACAGUCCCUUCAGACAAAAUACCCGAGGUAAUGCAUUUUCUCUUUUAA